AUGGCCAUGCAGUCGGGCGAAUCUGCGGACGGGCGGCACCCUGGCCGCGCCGUCAAGAAACGAGCCUCUCAAGCAUGCCACAAUUGCCGCACCCGCAAGGUCAAAUGUGACCUGGUCACGUCCGGCGUCCCUUGCUCCAACUGCAAGUCGGACGACGUGGAAUGUGUCGUGGUCGAGUCCAGGCGGAGCCGGAAAUACCGCCUGCAGAAGCGUCGACUGAGCGGCCUUGUUUCGCUGCAGCCGCUCACUCAAGCUCCCGCCAGACUCACGACAGCAUCGUCGUUGGCCUCGUUGAAGCUCUCCCCGGACACUCUGAACAGUGUCCCGGCCCAGACAAGUCAUGAUGAAGCUGCCUCCAAGCCUUCCUCGACAUCAAGCACUCAGCCUCACAGUUCACCGGCCAGCACCACACCAGCCGCCAGCUUCAGCGCCCAAGGCUAUGGGUAUCUGACGGGGAGCGUUGCCACUAAUCUACCCCCUCAACCACCGCCGCCACCACCUGUUACCUUUCCAUCCUAUAUCCAGCCUCCGCAACCUGACAUUCGGCCUGAUGAUGUGGAAUUCCUGAACCGUCGUGGUGCCCUGACCCUACCUCAACCCGAGUUGCAAGACCAACUUCUUCGAUGUUUUGUGCUUUUCGUCUACCCCUCCAUGCCGACCGUCGACCUGGAGGAUUUUCUAGGUGCCAUCGACGGCCGUGACGGCGCCCCGAAAAUUAGUCUCGUGGUAUUUCAGGCCGUCAUGUUCGCGGGAACGGCUUACGUCGACUUAGACCUACUCCGGCAAGCAGGCUACCAAAAUCGAAGAGCAGCCAGAAGCGACUUCUACCAGAAAGUUAAGCUACUGUACGACUUUAAUUGGGACGUCGACCGGAUCGCGCUGAUCCAGGCCCUCCUCAUCUUAAACUACUGGUACGUCUCGGAAAAUGACCAGAAGGAUCCCUGGCAUUGGCUGGGGAUCUGUGUCUCAUUGGCCACGAGUAUUGGCAUGAACCAAACCGACACCUACUCGAGAAAGGACCCGCGAACCUGUCGGCUCUGGAAACGCAUCUGGUGGAAUUGUGUCAUGCGAGAUCGAAUCAUAGCGUUUAGCAUGCGCCGAGCAAUGCGCGUCAUGGAUGAGGACAUCAACCUCCCCUGGUUGACUCCCGACGACUUUGAAUUGCGACCGAUCAGCACCUUGGUGCCGUCGCUCCGGCAAUCUCGCUUUGUGACGGAUAGUUCGUUGAGGAGAAUGCUGGCUGAAAUGUGUGUGGCCCAAGCACAAUUGCUGUUAACCAUCGGCCACAUUAUCAAGAGCUGCUAUACCUUGCGAAGCUUUGGAGGCUCUACGUCCGAAGUCACUAUGCUCUAUACGCCCAGAAGGUCCGAAGCCAUCAGUAGCAAUGAUGUUGCCGCGCUACAGGACGAACUAAGUCAGUGGUACAGUAAUCUGCCGAUGAGCUGCUGGCUUCUUGCGAAUGCCCCCGCCGGCAAUGGGAAUGCAGAUGGUGACUGGACAGACGAUAUCUUGUUUCUGCACCGAAGUGCCUUGAAGAUGCUGUUCUUGGUGGCAACCGAAGCCCUCAAUCGGCCUCAGACGUUGGGGGAGUCCAAGUCUCACUCAGCCUCGGGACCAAGACAGAGAUCGACAUCGACGUCAAAGGUCAAAGAGGCGGCUGAUAAAAUGUCCGAGAUGAUCCAGUGUCUGCACGACCGCGAUCUGGUGAGAUAUCUGCCACCGCUUGCGGUGAGUUUCAUGCUCCUCGCUAGUGCGGCAUUCCUGGUCGAGAUCAAAACAAAUGGUGCAGGCUUGGGAGAUCUUCAGCUUCGGGCACAGCAGUGGCAACUCCAUCGCUGUGUCCGAGCGCUGCUGCACCUACGUGAUAUAUGGCCGAUUGCCGAUUCGGCCUGCGAUCUGGUGGGCCAGAUGAUCAACAGGGCCCAGGUUGGGCCGGCCUUGGGGCUUGCCAUCCCCGGGACCCAGGCGAAAUCCAUGGGUCUCAUGGGUUCGAACGAGGCUGCUGUUGAUACCGACGUGCUUUCUAGCCAGUUCUCUGCUGGUCAGCACUCUCUUCAGCCAGCCCUCGAACCUGCACAAUCCAGUCCUCAACCCUACCACUACGACCGCCCCAUUGAUGAUGGCAUGACUCCCACCUUUACACCAGUGUCCACAGCCGAGCUCAAAGCGUCAACUCCCAUGGGCGUUGCGCAGGCUCCCCACGAGCCAGUCCUGGCUCCCGAGUUGGCCGACCGGUACCCCUGGACAGGCGCAGGCUUAGAUUCAGAAGAGCUGGCACUGGGCUUUAACUUUGACCACACCGGCAUCGCCAACGAGCGAGGGCAAAUCGGACACGGGCACAUCUCCAACGGUCACGCCUUGCACAUGGACAUUGCCCUAGCAGAAUGCUAUUCCCUGGGUGAUUUCGAGAACAGCAUUUUGGACUUUGAUUUCGACUCCGCCGCACAUGGCUUUAGCUAUGGGCCUGCGGUUGCGACCGCUACCGCGACCGAGUCCGCCACCGCUUCCGCGCCUAGAGAUGGCGUGCCGCCGACCACAGUGAUGUCGGGCACGUGGACCUCGACCACCACCCUUCCGGAUUUCAUAUAA